CUGGAGCUGGGGAGGAGCCGGGAAAGGAGGCCCCAGCCCAGAGUGCAGCCAGCGGCCGCAGGGAGAGCAGGCAGGGAGGCCGGAGAUCAUGGGGGAGAGCGCGCUGGAGCCGGGGCCUGUGCCCGCAGCGCCGGCGAGGGGCCCGGUGCACGCCGUGACGGUGGUGACGCUGCUGGAGAAGCUGGCCACCAUGCUGGAGGCGCUGCGGGAGCGGCAGGGGGGCCUGGCUCGGAGGCAGGGAGGCCUGGCGGGCUCUGUGCGCCGCAUCCAGAGCGGGCUGGGGGCGCUGAGCCGCAGCCACGACACCACGAGCAACACGCUGGCACAGCUGCUGGCCAAGGCGGAGCGCGUGGGCUCGCACGCGGACGCCGCCCAGGAGCGCGCCGUGCGCCGCGCCGCCCAGGUGCAGCGGCUGGAGGCCAACCACGGGCUGCUGGUGGCGCGCGGGAAGCUCCACGUCUUGCUCUUCAAGGAGGAGGCUGAAAUCCCAGCCAGCGCCUUCCAGAAGGCGCCAGAGCCCUUAGGCCCGGCAGACCAGCCCCAGCCUGGCCCAGAGCAGCCGGAGGCCGAAGUUGAGGAGAGCUCAGACGAGGAGCCUGUGGAGUCCAGGGCCCGGCGGCUUCGGCGCAGCGGGUUGCAGAAGGUACAGAGCUUGCGAAGGGCCCUCUCUGGUCGGAAAGGCCCCGCAGCACCAACGCCCACGCCAGUCAAGCCACCUCGCCUAGGCCCUGGCCGGAGGGCUGAUGGCCAGCCAGAAGCCCGGCCUGCCCUGGAGCCCAAGUUGGAGCCUGAACCUCCACAGGACACCGAGGAAGAUCCCGGGAAAUCUGGGGCUGCUGAAGCCGCGGUGCUCCAAGUAGAGAGUGCGGCCUGAGGGCUGGUGCUGUCUGCUUCUCUUGUGCCUAUGCCUAGUCCCCAAAUAAAUCUCCCUCUCCCAAUGCAGCAUUCACGCCCAAAUAAGGAGUGAAUCCUGCACCCAUAGCCCAGCUCUGGCCUUCCCUUCCCAGUGCCUUCAGUUUAGCCUGCAUCCUCUAAAAGAGAAGCAGCUGCCCACACCUGCUUGCACUCCCCUUCAAUAAAAGUAAUGUCACCUAA